UUUUCCUUCACAAUAAUAAAAAAAAAUUACGUGGUAAUUGGUUAGCGAUAUUGGAUCAAGUGCGGUGUAUUUUUAUUUUACAUAGGUAUAAACAUUAAAAGACUGUAAAAUGGCCACAAAAUUAUUUUUUGCAUUACUUGCUGUUACAUUUAACACAAUAUCUGCACAAACGUGCCAGAACCCUAAAGUAGAAGCUGCAUCAUUCACAAGUUUGGAUGCCACGAUAGUCACAGAAAUAGCAUAUAUUACCGAAUUUACUUUGAAGUGUGAUAAUCCUUUGCCAGAAAAUUAUCCUUUAUAUGCGGAAGUAGACAGUAAGUCAUUAGCUGCAGCACAAGUUGGGGAAAAUAGGUACCAGGUGUCAUGGACCAUGGAGCCAUCAAAGGCUCGUGCAGGAGUGUAUGAAGUCCGAAUCCACGAUGAGGAGGGUUGGGCGGCCGUUCGACGCGCGCGCCGUAAUGACCCUGCUGCUGUAGUGGCUCCUCUCCUGGCCAUCCAACUUAUUCAUCCAGGAAGCUUCUCAGGACCCUUAGUGAACUCGGAGGUACUUGCGACUGCACUUUCCAUCAUUGUGGCAUACACAGCCAUUCGCCACAAGGCAAACAUUCUAGCUUAAAUUGUAAUUUUUUGAGAUUAAAUGAUUUUAUUUAUAAAAAAA